GAGGGAGAGAGAGAGAGAGAGAGAGAGAGAGAGACCUGUUACUAAAGUGCUCCAUAACCCGCAGAGCUCGCUGUCAGUUCUCUCCAUCCGCCGGUGAAAGCGCUGCUCGGUGCUGCAAACCUGAUCCUCUGAGAGUGAAAACAUCGCUCCGUUGCAGCCAUGGAGUGCCUCAAAGACUGCUGCAAGAAGUUCACAAAGAAGAAGGGGAGGGAGCAGGAGACUCAAGUGAUCGCGCUGAAGAUGCCUCCUAAGGCAUCGGGGUGUGAGCUGGAUGGAGGCAGGAGGGGGGUCACAGAAGACUACCUCCUGUCCAAGCUGCCCCCGGACGGCAGGGAUGUGCCGUUCGUCCUGCCGACCUUCAAGGCCUCCUACAUCCAACCCAGAGGCUCCCGCUACGCCAAUUUACAGUCCGGUCCGCAGAGUUCAGCCCGGUGUACGUACGCCCAGAGGAAAGCAGAGCUGCUGGGCUCCAGUCAGUUCACCUACAGCCCCGAGUCCAGCCUCCAUCAGGGUCAGCCGGCCGAGUCCAUCUCCCCCGGAUCAACCCGCCACGGCACACUGAAGAACAGAGACCCCGGGCCCCAAAGUCCAGGUUGGACUCUGAAUGUGGACGGCGAGCAGCGACUCAGCAGCUCCAUGUUUGAUCUGUCCAGCCCUCAAAUUCACAUGCAGCGAUUGGACUCCGUCUCCAGCAUCCUCAGCAGCACAUCCUCCCUGAUUGGCUCCAUUGAAAGCAGCCUUGACUCCAUCACCCUGUCUGGGGACGAGCGUGACUUGGGGAAGGUGUGCGUCCGAGUGAACUACCAGGAGGCUCUGGAGCAGGUGUGGAUCACCGUGGUCCAGUGUUCAGAGCUCAACCUGCUUCCGGAUGCAGUGGAACAACAUACGAUUGGAUUUAAAGGGAUCAUCACCAUCCCCAAACCGAUACAGUUCAAGAGCUCGAUAAAGGACUACUGUCAGGACGCGUCCUUCAUGGAGACCUUCGUGUUUGCGCUGCAUCUCCAGCAGUUGCGCUGCAGUGCUCUGGUGCUGCGACUGCAGACGCACAACCCCAAGAAGCGUACGGUGGCCGAGUGCGUCCUCUCCCUGCGACAGCUCGGCCCUCAGGAGACGGAGCACUGGCUGGAGCUCAACCCUCCGUCCAAAUCCUCCCUGUGCCACGCUGAGUUGCAGCUCACAUCCUGUUUUCAGCCAGUCAACGGACGCAUCCAGCUCCAGGUCCUCGCCGCCCAAAACCUCCCGACAUCCUCCUCCCCGCUCACCCAAGCCUUUUUCAUCAAAGUGGAGAUGCACCAGUUGGGGCGGGUGGUGGUGAAGAAGAAGACCCGCGUCCUGAAGGCCUUGGGGGGGCAGUGUAAAUGGCCCGAGACGUUUCACUUCCACUUGGCCUCGUUGGACCACGCCUGCUCGCUGUCAGUCAAACUCUACAGCCGGAGUUCGGUCAGGAGGAAACAGUGUCUCGGACAGGUCCUGCUGGGAUUCGACAGCCCCGUCCCAGAAGCAGCGGAGCAGUGGAAGGACACGAUGGCUCACCCAGAGAAAGUGGUGUCUGCAUGGCACCGCCUGAGCGCCGCCUGAGCGCCGUCUGAGCGCCGCCUGAGCGCCGCCUGAGCGCCGCCUGAGCGCCGCCUGAGCGCGGCCUCUUGCGGCCUCUUGCGGCCUCUUGCGGCCUCGUGCGGCCUUGUGCGGCCUCGUGCGGCCUCGUGCGCCAACAGAGUCGUCUCCGACGCGCCUGACCUGUAAACGCCUCAACGUGCUCUGAACACCAGAUUGCCACGCUUCAGGUGCUCGGUUGUAAAUAUGGGGGCUUUUGAACAAAGUUUAAUCGCUGGAAGUUUCUGGGGUUGUUUUUUUGUGUGGACAAAAGUUAACAAAGUCAGCUUCGUAGCAUUUAGCUGUACGUAAUGCUGUAUUUUGGAACUCACGUGCUUUUUUUUUAUUUUUAGGGAAAGCUUUUGUCACUUUCAAUUAGAUAGAACGUUUACAAGCAGAGAAAGUCACCAUAGAGCCAAACUCUGUAAUCAUCCCAUCUCAAAGGUUAAGGCUGAAGGUAAUCUGUGUUUCUCUUAUUGUCAACAAACCAAACAAACAUACCAAAAUAAACCACUCCGUUAAUUCAUUUUGUGGGUACUUUUUUCCGCUGAAGUUGUAAAUCUUUAAAUACUAGUCAUGACCACAGUUUCAUUUUUAUUUAUUUUUUUUAAAGGUGCUAUCAUUCCCUGAAACACCCUCAGCAAACAUAAACUUAAACGUGCAAUAGCUGAAUGUGUUGGCCACUUGUUGUGAAGCGGAAACAAGCUGUGAACACAAUAUUAUCUUCUCUCAAGUUGAUACGGCCAACAGUUGUAAAGUCCAAUAUUUAAUAUCUUUUUUUAGCUUUGUUUUUGCUCUCCACCAACUCCGGAGGGAUAAAUCUGACUCUUAACCUGUUAAAUGCUGACUGUGUUCACCAGCUAGUUGCUGAGAAGGUUGAGUACAGUUGGCUUUCAGAGCCUCUUAUCUAAAAAAAAUAUCACUUCAUAAAUACAGUUUAUUUACCAUUUGUAGCCGCUUUAAACUGUAAAUAGUGUAUUUUCAGGGACUAUUUUAAGUCGCGGAUUAAUACACAUUUGGUCUGCUAGCUAGUGAUAUGUUGUAAUAGUUUUUGGACAAUGAAUUGAGGAGUCAGCGAUAUGACUUUGUAGGAGAAUCAGUCCGCUGUUGGUUUUUGGUCUUUUCGUGGUAUUUGUUGACAAUGAGAGAAAUACAAAUAUCACUCGAUGUAUCCUUUAUUUCCCACCCUUUUACUGUAGAAUACAGUGAACCGUAUCAAACCGCAGCUGUACGCUUUUGAUGAAAGCACUUUAUUUUCUUGUAUGUAUUUAAUGUAUAAAUGUUGACAGUUUUAGUGAUUAAAAGUAGAUGUCGUUUGGAAACGU